ACAGACCCAUGGGGAAUGGCUCUCCCAAAUGGUGGCUCAGAAACGCCAAAACAGCAUACAGAUCCUUGGGGGUCCCCUGCCUCUGGUCCUCCGUCUCGGGUCACAUCACCUCCCACUACCUCGGAUCCUUGGGGUCAACCUCCUGCAAGAUCUCCGGAACCACCCAUGGGAGGGAUUUGUGGUAAUGACCCUUGGGCAGUGCUCAGCUCAAGUUCUCCAGCUCCCUCCAACUCUGCAGAAGCCAGUGACCCCUGGGAGCCUGUCCCAACCAAGCCUCCAGCGAGGGAUCCUUUCGCUCCCAUUUCGCCGACGAACAACGGAGAUGUGGACGAGUUUUCUGCUCUGUCGACCAGGGAUAAGCCAGCCAACAAUUGCAUUGGAAAUGAAGAUGGCUUGUCCGAUGCCUUUGACCUUAGCGGGCUAAGUUCAUCAGUGCCAGAUAACAACAGAGAAAAGAAAUCAAAGUCGCCUGCAGCCUUCUUGGGAGAAAACUCAAACCUGGUAAAUCUAGACAACCUGGUUGGCACCAAGCAAGGUACUCCUGGAUUAGGUGUCUCCCCUCUGAACUCCACUUCCAUCACCUCCAACUCUCCCCUCACCAUCAACAACAACAACAACAACCUCAACAACAACAACAGCAUCACCAAUCCAUUCGUUACACCGGGCCUCGCGCCUUCAUCUUUUGCAGGUGUGAACCCCUUCAGCGCUCCAAGUCCCCCCAACCCCUUCCAAGCUCAGCAAGCCCCCAAACCUUCCAUGAACCAGCUGCGCACCACCGGAAUCGGCGGCCCAGGGCUGGCUGCUGCACCUCCCUCCAAUGCUGGUGCUCCCGGGUCAGCCCCUGGGCCGUGGGGCUCACCACAACCGUCCGUUGGCUUUGGAAUGGCCCCCUCUGCUACUGCGUCCCAAGACGAGAACCCCUUUCUUUUAUAAUGCCACAUGUACCCCUCCCUUCUCCACUCUCCACUCCCAUGCCCUGCCCACCCCUCCCCUUCUCACCCCUGGUAGUCAUCCUCUUCAAUAGUCGUGUUCAAGAGACUAUCACCGCCACCAUGCAUUGUCAUCAUUACUGUUAAUUUUUAUUAUCAUUAUUGUUUUUUAUUGAAAACUUUUUUUUUUUCUCAAAAUUUUUAUUUCUAUGUUGUAAAUAAGUAGGUGUAUUCUUUUCUUUCACACUUGUUUGUACAGGGUGUCUCCUCUUUUUUUUUCCUUCUUAUUUUCUGCCCUUGUCUUCAUUUUUUGGUGGUUAUGAUUUUUAGCUGUGCAGUUUCAGUGGAACCUCAGAAACACCAGUGAUAUGCUGAUAAUUUUUCCCCCUUUGUGGUAGUUUUCUGAACUUCAUAUUCAAACUCUUGUGCAAAUGUAUCUCCAAAGAGUUUGUAUUAGGUAAGAAGUGUAUGCAAUAUUGUCACUACUAUUUAUUAUAAUUAGGUGUACUUUUAUAGCUGGUCCAAGUAUAGAUUGUAAGGGAAAUAACUUAUUUAUAUUGUAAACUUUCCCAAUAUACGAUUGUUUUAACAUCUUCAAGAUACUCUUUUUUUUUUUUUUUUUUUUUUUUUUUUUUUUUUUUUUUUUUGUUUCAUCAUUCUACAUGGUAUUAACUGCUUCAACUAACCAGAAAUUACUGUUAAGACUGAAAUUUCUGAGUGCCACUCAUUUUACAAAUUUAGGUAAAUAUUAGUUGUGCAUAAUUUCGGUAGCCUGGUACAUGUAUAUGCACAUGUACAGGUCCGUAUUUAGUGCAUUAAUCUUUCAAAACAGGGAAAACUAGAAUUUUUGAAAUCAUAGUAUGAUAUUUUCUUAGAGAAAAGGGGAAGGAGGUAAUGUUUUUAAAGUGGAAGAACUGGUACUAAUUGGAUAUUGCAUUAUGAAAAUUUCAGACUUUUCAGUAGGUUUGGCUUGUACCACUUUCAAGAACUUAUAUUUUAAGAAGUUUGUUGACUCAUUAUCUAGCAUCAUGCAUUGUAGAUUUUAUAAUGAAUUUUAAAAAGUUUGGACUUUGUGAAGGUGUAUAGAAAUAAAUGAUGAAGACUAUUUUGAUGUGCAUGAAAUAAAGCCAGUCAUUUAAUUAGCAAGACUGUUAAGUAAUAUUUUGAUUUCAUAUCUCCCGACAUUAAAAACAAAUUAACUUCAAUCAAAGUCAAUUAGUACAUCAACCUGUUGUAGAGGACAACUUUAUGACAUUUGAAUUGAUGUCUGCAUUUCAUUGUUACUUCUUUGAGAUCUGCAGCUACGGUGACCUAUGUAUAAUUCUCAGUCAUUUUAGAGACGUUCAGUGUGAUAGAAAUUCAAAAUGGAGUUUAUUGUAUAUUCUAUGCAGUAUUUACUUUUCCUAAAGACAAAAAUAUUGUGAAAUUUCAAAGGCUUUGUAUUUAGAAAUCUUUAGGAUUUGAGUUAAAAGAGCAGCAAGGUCAGAAUUUAUAGCCUUAGACUUUGUGAAACGAGAGCAUUGCCAGAUUGUAAAUUCGAAGGAGCGGCAUCAGUGGGGCAGAAAAGAGAACGGAGCUUUGUGUACAUAGCUGGCAGAUACUACUUUUAUUGUUACUUGACCACUCGCACCUCAAAGGGGUAGGAACUGACCUUAACACUGUGACCCGAUCAGUGGAGAUGAGCCUUAGAUAUUUUUUUCACAAAUAAUUUUCUAAGACUGACAAAGUAGAGUGAACUAUGUUUGAAGUAUCAUUAAGGCUCAGAGUUGUUAAUCAUGUCAAACCUGGUGUCUUGCUUCUUUUGUCGUUGGACUUUGCUCUUCCUCUUUAUCUACAUUGUCCUUCAAAAUUUACAACGGUAGCCUCGCAACAGACAGCCGAAAGUAGUUUGGGAAUAAUAACCUGGCAUCUUGCCUUAUUCUGUUGUCAAGGUAAGAUUAUUGUAUCUUAAAGGUUACUUUGGGAUUGUUAUCACCUAGACAGAACAGAAAUAAUGACCAUGGUUAUGAUCUUCCAAGCUUAUUUUAAAAAAGUAAAAAAAUGAUAAUCUUAAAAAACAAAAAAAUGCAUUGUUGGGGUUGUGGCAUGCAUGUCUUAACUGAUAUUUUUAUGAAGGUAGAAUAUCCCAGUGUAAAGUAGGUACUAGGAAGCCCACAUAAUUUUAACAUGAAACUUUUAUCCCAACCCCAUUAUAAUACUGUUUUUUAAUGAAACUGUGAGAUCAAUUUGGAUGUUGAAAGAAAGUAAAUGUUAAAAAGAAAACUUGGAAAUAUUGGUGCUACUGUUGGUAUUUUCAGUAUCUUCAUUUAUAUUAAUCUCACAAGCCAAGGCAGUGAAAUUAGUUUUUUAAUACCAUGAUGUAUUUCUCUCUUCCCCUGAUUUUGUUGAACUUAAUUUCAUGGUAUUAUUUAUGUUGAAGAGCAAAAAGAGAGUGAAAUCUCGCUAUUGGUUUUGUGAUACCUUUGAUUACUAAAUAUUAGAUAAAAAACUUUUGGUGAAAUCUACAGCCCAUCAGAUUAUAUGAGGGUAAAAUAGCUAAGCGCUGUUAUUGUGCAAUACUGUAACUCCUUUACUAGUGUAUGGUAAACAAUUAGAAAAAAAAAAUUCUCUUAUUGAAACACUUGUAUUGGAAUGACGUUUGUUCUUUUUUGUGUUCACAACUAGGUUGGCAGUUGAAAUGACGUAAUGGAAAGAUCCAAUGAUUAUAAAGUGUUAUGGUUUACUGUAACUAAAAGAUGUAUUAUUUGUAGAUAUAUAGUUUUUUUUUUCUUCUUUUUUUGGGUAGGAAGUUAUUUAUGAUUUCAGAAUGAUGCUGUUCAUGGUUCUUUAUAUAUUUAGUGUAUUUGAGUAUACUUGAAAGAAAAAAAUGAGUGUUUACUAAUGGAAAAGAAGCAAUGAUGAAAAUUUUCACAAUAAGCUGAUGGCAGCCAAAUUUGUUACAAGAACCAGUUUUAUUUUUCAGAGUAAUUAAUGAUAAAUCCUCAUUGUGAAAAGUACCCAGAAAAAACUAAAACAAACAUAUAUGAUGCUUUAAAAGCCUGCUAAUGGAAUUCUAUUUUCUCCACAGGCAUAAUUUUUUAUAAUAUUUAAUUUGUCAACAGACAUUUUGAUUGGGUUGUAUUUUCAGUAACUGCAGUUAUUUUUUACAAGUUGGCACUUUGUUUUUGGUUAAUUAUUUAAAAAGAAAUAGGCCAAACUCUACCACAGAAACUACAUUAUAGUUAAAUAUCCAGUGAAUAUAUAUAGCUUAUUUUCC